AUGUCCGCAAUCAAGCCAAUCCAGCUCUACGGUGGCAUCCUUGGCCCCAACCCUCUCAAGGUCGGCAUCAUUCUCACGCUCCUCGAACUACCUUUCGAAAGCGUCCCAGUCGAGUUCGCCAAGGUCAAGGGCCCUGAAUAUGAGGCCAUCAACCCGAACGGGCGCUUACCUUCCAUCCAUGAUCCCAACACCGGCCUGACAAUCUGGGAGAGCGGGGCCAUCGCCGAAUACCUGAUCGAAAGAUAUGACACUGAGGAGCCUCGCAAGCUGAGCUUCAAACCCGGCAGCGCGGAAGCCGAGCUCGCACGCUCGUUCCUGUAUCUCCAGGCCUCCGGCCAAGGCCCAUACUACGGACAGGGCUACUGGUUUAAGAAAUACCACUCUGAGAGAGUCCCGAGUGCAGUGGAACGCUAUGUUAAUGAAGCAAAGCGUGUCACAGGCGUGCUUGAUAAUUGGUUGAGCAAACAGAAAGAAGCCAAUAGUGAGAACCUCGGUGAUGGUCCUUGGUUGGUUGGGAACAAGCUAUCAUAUGCCGAUGUGGCAUUCAUUCCCUGGCAAAGGACAGCUGGCAUGGCAUUCACAGAGGAUGGAUUCGAUGUGGACGCUUUUCCGAAUGCGAAGGAUUGGCUCGAGCGCAUGACUUCCAAAGAGACGAUUAAGGCUGUUCUCGACUCUGCGGCCGAGCAAAUGGCCAAGAUAACCCAUAAGUGA